UAUUCGAGUGCUCGAUUAUGUCGAAGUAACGAUAUAUAUCGAAUGAAAUCGAUUAGUACUAUAUCGCAAAGAUAAGUAAUGGUCUUUCCUUCGUGAUCAUAGUCACUAAGAGGAACUAACAAUGGCGGACUCUGCUCCAGCCGCGCGUGGGGGUUUUCGUGGAGGUUUUGGUACUCGUGGUGCUGGCGGAGAUCGUGGUGGGCCUCGAGGAAGGGGUCGUGGGGGAAGAGCAAGAGGACGUGGUCGUGGUCGUGGCAAAGAAGAUAGUAAAGAAUGGAUACCUGUUACUAAGUUGGGCCGUUUAGUUAGAGAUGGAAAGAUACAGUCUUUAGAACAUAUUUAUCUCUUUUCUUUACCUAUCAAAGAAUAUGAAAUUAUUGAUAAAUUUCUUGGACCUGAUCUUAAAGACGAAGUCUUAAAAAUUAUGCCGGUCCAAAAACAAACUAGAGCAGGUCAACGUACCCGUUUUAAGGCCUUUGUAGCAAUUGGAGAUACCAACGGUCAUAUUGGUUUAGGUGUAAAGUGUUCUAAAGAAGUAGCUACUGCUAUUCGUGGUGCUAUUAUUCUUGCUAAACUUUCUGUAGUACCUGUACGCAGAGGUUAUUGGGGAAAUAAAAUUGGUAAACCACAUACAGUACCUUGCAAAGUAACUGGUAAAUGUGGAUCAGUACAAGUGCGUUUAAUUCCUGCACCAAGGGGUACAGGAAUCGUAUCAGCACCUGUUCCUAAAAAACUGUUACAAAUGGCUGGUAUCGAAGAUUGUUAUACCUCAGCUAGAGGAUCUACUUGCACUCUGGGAAAUUUUGCAAAAGCAACAUAUGCUGCUAUAGCUAAGACUUAUGCUUAUUUAACACCAGAUCUAUGGAACGAACAACCUUUACUUAAAGCACCAUAUCAAGAAUAUGCUGAUUAUUUGUCCAAGACUCAUAAAACUGUAGCAGGUCAGCGAGCUGCAGAAGUUGUUUAAAGAAUAAACUUGAGCUCUAUGAGAACCACCUAA